AUGAUCAUCACGCAAUGCACGAUUUGUACGAAUACCGUCGACGGCUACGAGGGCUAUUUACGUCACAUACGGAUAUGUCAUGGAAACGAUCGCAACUUCUGUUCAAUUUGCCCUGCAUGUCAAUCAACAUUUACGUAUACAAACUGGCAAUCAUUCACGCGUCAUGUUCGUAAAACGCAUUUAAGUAAACCUGUUUUUGAAAGUUUAUCAUCCACAAAUAUAUUCGACGAUUAUCAUGUUUCAAUUUCGAAUGAAUUCGAAAACCAAAACGUCGCACAAUCAUCUUCAUCUGCCUUACCACCCGAUUCGCUGGAAGAAAUUCGAAGAUUGUUUAUUAAAAUGUUACUACAAGUGAGAGAAGGACAUAUACUUCCUGGUGUUGUAAUGAAUACUGUCUCAUCGUCAUGCACCUCGUUAUUACAUUCCUUCAUGGAUGGAUUACUGCCAGAGUUAGCGAUGUCUACGAAUGAUGAGCGCGCGAUUUCUCAUUUACAACAAGUUCAGCGUAUUUUAUGCGACGUAUCAAGGAAUGAACAAACAUUUAUAAGCGCAUGUGAACAUUACUUUGGUUUAGUGAAGCCGAUCGAACUCCGUUUGCCAACCGAAUCAAAGGCCUAUUAUGUCCCAAUUACAAAAGUUCUGCAGUUAUUAUUUGGAAAGGACGACUUUCAUGAAGCAGUCAAAAUGGAAAAAGAAAAAAUCGAAGUAUUUCGAAGAACGGAUAUAUUGUACCAUUAUCGAUGUGGAGAGCUAGCAAAGCGCCAUCCAGUUCUCAGUAAUAAGGAUAAAAACUGCAUAUUAAUUCAACUGUAUGUUGACGAUCUCGGUGUGGUUAAUCCAUUAAUGGGAAGAAGCUCGGUACAUAAACUGACGGCUGUUUAUUUCUCUAUCGAUGAUUUACCACGUCAACACAAUUCGUCGUUAAGUGUUGUUCAUCUAGUGCUAUUAUGUUUAACAAAAGAUAUUGAAGAAGAGAGAAAUCGUCAUCAAUUGUUUUCAAAAUUAGCUUCAGAUUUGAAUAUAUUAGAAAACGAUGGUCUAACGUUGUCAAGUGACUCAACAGUAACGUAUUUUACGCUCAGUACCAUGUGUGCUGAUAAUUUAGCUGCUCAUCAACUCGGAGGAUUUAUGGCCAGCUUCAACUCAGGUAAGGAUGUUUGA